UCGGAGAACCACCAUGGCUUUGCUGUCGGAGGCACUGGAUGAGCUGCCCGCUGCGUGCUUGUCGCCGGGCGGGCCGCCCAACCCAACCGAGCUGUACAGCGAAGCGCAGCGCCUGGCGCUCGAGGAGCUGGUGGCAGGCGGCGCGGACGCCUUCGCAGCCUUUCUGCGACGUGAGCGCCUUGGCCGCUUCUUGAACCCCGAUGAAGUGCGCACCAUUCUGCGGACUGCCGAGCGGCCCCGCGAGGAGGGCGCGGGAGCAGAGGCCGAGGACUCUUUCGUCUCCUCACAGGACUGCUCAUCCGGCACCUACUUCCCCGAACAGUCGGAUCUGGAGCCGCCGCUACUGGAGCUUGGCUGGCCGGCCUUCUACCAGGGCGCCUACCGCGGUGCCACGCGCGUCGAGGCGCACUUCCAGCCCCGCGGCGCAGGCACUGGGGGCCCCUAUGGCUGCAAGGACGCGCUACGCCAGCAGAUCCGUUCAGCGCGAGAGGUGAUCGCGGUGGUGAUGGACGUGUUCACAGACAUCGACAUCUUCAGAGACCUGCAGGAGAUGUGUCGGAAACAUGGAGUUGCUGUGUACCUCCUGCUGGACCAGGCUCUGCUCUCCCAGUUUUUGGACAUGUGCAUGGAUCUGAAGGUUCACCCUGAGCAGGAAAAGCUGAUGACAGUGCGGACAAUCACAGGGAAUAUCUACUACGCGAGGUCAGGAACUAAAAUCGUUGGGAAGGUUCAUGAAAAGUUCACGUUGAUUGAUGGCAUUCGUGUGGCUACGGGCUCCUACAGUUUUACAUGGACAGAUGGCAAAUUAAAUAGCAGUAACUUGGUCAUUCUGUCCGGCCAAGUGGUGGAACACUUUGACCUGGAGUUCCGCAUCCUGUAUGCGCAAUCAAAGCCCAUCAGCUCCAAACUCCUGUCUGGCUUCCGAAUCAGCGGCAAGUUCGACCAUUUAGUUGACCAGCAGCCGCUAUCCAAGGGGCUCACGCUGGGCAACCUGCUGCGGCAGCGGCUGGCCAGGCUCUCAAGCACCCCCAGGAGGGCCGAGCUGGAGUGUGGGGCGCCCACCAAGAGCAGGGCAGAGGGGGGGCGCCAUGACUCUGAGUCCUCCACCAUCGAUGAGGAGGACUACCUGAACAGCCAUCGAGACGCAGCAGAGGGUGGGACUGCGGCUGAUGCUGCCACUCAGACGGAGCCCGGGGAGGAGGUGCCGGCAGUGCGCAUGAGUGACUCCGGAACACAGACCAGCACCACCAUAACCAGUGCGGGGACCCAAACCACUGUGGCCACCCGGGCAGCGAGCUCCCAAACCGUGACUCGGUUCGUGUCGGUCACCACCCAGACUGAUGUGGACGAGAAUGUUCUCUUUCCUCAGGGAACCCAAUCUAAAGAAGGGUCACCUGUCUCUAAGAUGUCUGUCUCGAGAUCUUCCAGUUUGAAGUCUUACUCCUCGCUGUCUUCCCAAGGCUCCGUGGCAAGCUCCAUCGGCUCCCAUUCUUCCAUCCGAGCCACCGACCUCGUCCUUCCUGGCCAUUACAAGUACUGGGGCUCCCCCCACUUCGACUCCCUUAGAAACUUGAAUAAAGAGCGGCAGUUUCACUUUUCUGGCAUCAGGUCCCGGCUCCACCACAUGCUGGCUAUGCUCUCACGGAGAACAGUUCUCACCGAGAACUAUCUUGGCUUUAAUUCUGGACAUUUUACCAGAGCACCAGUUAAUUUGCUGACCAUCAGAGAUAUUGCACUAUACCCUUCCUAUCAGUGACUGCCGCGGCAGAUGCAUCCAAGCACACUGCUUUACCAGAUGUCUCCCGUCCCUGGUUUUCCUUCCCUUGACCUGUCACCCUGCUUUUCUCUGAAUUCUCUAAACUGUUUCUUAUUUUCCAUGCUUUUAAUCUUAUUUUUGUCAUGCAUAAACCAGCUAUUGGUUUUAAGGUUUGAACACUGUGGGUAUGGUUUCUUUGCACAAUUUUAAUACUGAUGUCUCUUAAAGAGAAUGUUUGGGGGUUCUCAGGUAAGAGAUAAAAAUAUGUUUUACAUUUUUCUGGAUUUGUGUAUUACUCUGUUUUACUGCUUUGAAUCACUAAUUUUUAUGAUUAAAAUUCUGUUUAAACUUAAUUGUCUCUUCUUAGGA